GCUCCAACCAAUUGUCGCCCUGCCCGCCAAUCGUUGCCUUGCAAAAUUUCCAGUCGACGUUAUCGUUAUCAGUUUGGUGGCUUCCUCGUUCCUUGAGCGAACAGCUGAAAUUUUCACAGCUUCGACCCUUAUCUCACAAGGGCAGAGCCCUAGAAGAGCUCGAGAGAGAGCUUCUUCACGCCUUGCCUCUCUGUCAACCAUCUUCAGCUUUCACUUACUUUCCGUUUGAGCCAUCACGCGGUGAUACCACCUACUCCGCACACACAUCGCAGAUUCCUUGGGCCAUCUGCAUCCACUAUUCGUUACUCAGAUCUGACGGGGCUCGAUUGGACGACCGAGUCUAGCACUCCGCAUUUUACUCGAAGGCACUUCCCCGCCUACGUAUUCGAAAAAGACUGUCACGGACUGUUUUCUCGUCUCGAGUGGAACACUCCCUGAUUGCGCCUCCAAGCGCCGGUCAUCAUGUCUCUGACGCGAGUGUCCUCCGUCGAUGGGUUCGAGCGAGAGAGGAGAGGCUCCAGCGUUUCUUCUCGGCGAAGGAUGAGUUUCAAUCCCUUCAGCGACCAGGCUCCACCUGCGCUGCACAGGAAACCCAGUGUGGUCUCUGUGGCUCUCCAGUUCGAAGAAGUCUCAAAGCAAAAGCGAUUGCUGCAGGUAAUAAUCGCAAUCGUAUACUGUCUUUUCGCUGCCGGUAUCGUCUUUGGCUACGCUGCCAUUAAACCAGUCCUCAUCGAUGAAGGUGUCUUUUCGGACCUUUGCACACCAGAAGAGGUGGAGAAGCACACGUCGCCAUGCUACCAACAAGAGAUCCGGUUGAAUUUGAUGUUCACAGUCGCAGCUGUAUCAACCAAUGUCGCAGCAUUGCCCAUCGGGACCAUCCUGGACAAGUACGGCCCUCGAGUGUGCGGAAUCAUCGGGAGUAUCCUCCUCGGUGUGGGCGCUUUGCUCUUCUCUUUUGCGACAAAGGUCAACGGUGACUUGUUCACUCCCGGCUACUUCUUCCUGGCAUUGGGCGGUCCUUUCGUCUUCAUCUCCUCCUUUCAGUUGUCAAACACCUUUCCUCAGAACUCAGGGUUGAUCCUAGCUCUUCUCACUGGCGCCUUCGACUCCUCUUCUGCGCUCUUCCUUGUCUUCCGCCUCGCGUACGAAGCUACAGGCGGCAAGCUCAACACGCAUCGCCUAUUCCUCGUCUACUUAGUCGUGCCUGUUUUCAUCUUCUUCGUUCAGGUCUUCAUCAUGCCUAAAGAUUCAUACAAGACUGUGAGUGAGGUCGUCAAAGACGCAGAAGAAGAGAUCAAUGCUCCGACACCGCCAGAAGCUUCCGAAGAUGAGGUUCAAAUCUACCGCGAGCGCAGGGAGAGUACAAUCGCCGAAGUCAACCUUUUGCUUGACAAGAGCACCAACACAAAACGGCAGAAGCGCGAAGACACCAAGAACAACAAGUCAGGUGUUUGGGGUGCCUUGCACGGUUACUCUGCCUUCGAGCAGAUCAAGACUCCGUGGUUCUGGCUCAUUACUCUGUUUACGGUUGUACAAAUGACCCGGAUCAACUACUUUGUGGCAACUAUCCGCCCGCAAGAGCGAUAUCUUCUUGGUUCCGAACGCAAAGCAAAGCUUGUCAACGACUUCUUCGAUGUCGCUUUGCCACUCGGCGGUGUGCUUAGCAUUCCGUUCAUCGGCACGCUGCUCGACCAUACCUCCACGCCUUUCGCGCUUGGCUUCCUCGUCGUCACGGCUACAAUAAUUGGGAUUUUGGGAUGCCUGCCCUACAUGUGGGCUGCCAUUGCCAACGUCUGCCUCUUCGUCGUUUAUCGGCCGUUCUAUUACACCACGGUAUCUGAUUACUCAGCCAAGGUUUUCGGUUUUCAAACCUUCGGCAAGGUGUACGGACUGAUCAUCUGUCUGGCUGGCCUCUUCAAUUUCCUUCAAUCGCCUCUCGAUGCUGCGACGCAUGUUAUUUUCAACCUAAACCCUAUCCCGGUGAACGUCAUCCUUAUGGGCCUUGCGGUGGUUGUUGGCAUCGCCUUAGUUACCUACACCUACGUUAAGAGCCGAAACAUGAAGCGCGAGCAUCUGGAGGACGAGGCUGAGGGUGCCACUGAGACGCUAAUGCCAAGUGCUAACGGCAACGGCUACGGCACUCAAGGACAGUGACGUGAUGAAUAUGCUGCCGUGGCCUUAUGGUCCGAGAUGCUGGUCAAAAAUUGGAUGCUUAUUUGCUAUUGCUCUAUAUCUCGUUCGCAAUAUUUUGUUUGUGUCUUUUGAGCAUGGCGCUGCAUUUACAAGGCUGUGUUGGGACUCUGAAAUUGAUAUCUGGGUGUUUGUUUUCGCGAGAAGAUUUGGCCGGGUCGUUGGCGCCCCUAUCGGAUAAGAUCAGACCAAAGCAGGAGCAUUGACGAUGAGUACUGUAUAUAGUCGAGAAUAAAAAUCGCCUACUGGAUGCGGU